AUGAGCAAUGGUAGUGUGUGCAAAUAAAAGUAGUCUUCUUUAUCGGCCGUACUGAUUUGGUGGACUUUGUACCUCACGGUUCAGUGAAUUAGAUCCUAGUUGACGCUACUAUCAUUAGAAUAUUCGGAGGAUUCCGUUCUUUUUUUCUAUUCGGCAAUCGGUACUUAAGUAUAAUAAUUAGGGAUGAUGUAUGGGUUUUUGGGGAUAAUUCUCAUGCUCAAUUAGGUUUAGGUGAGGUCUCUGAAGUACAAAAGAAACCUUAAAGGCUCUAUUGCAAUUAUGAUCUUCUAACUUGUGCUGAAACAUAUACCUAUGCUUACAAUUGGGAAGGUCUUUAUUAUUGGGGAGAAACUAAUUAUGGUUGUUCAAUAUUUAAAGGAUUGUGUAUGGAUCCAAAACAAUUGCCUUAAAAGGGAGUAUCAUAAUUAUGUGCAUAAAAUGAUCGAUUUUAUUACAUUUAACAUGGCGAUUUAUAUGGAAGUGGAUUUACUCAUUUACUUGGAGUUAAGACUACUGUAGUUUCUACAUCAAAACCAUUACUGAUAUUGAAUAAGGUAGUGAAGAUAUCAUGUUCAAUAAGUCAUUCGUUAUUGUUGGAUGAAAAUGGGUGUGUAUAUUCAUGGGGGAAUGGGAAGAAUGGAGAAUUAGGAUUGUAAAUGGCAGGAUACUCAUUCCAGACAUAUUGUAGUACUCCUACUCAAAUCAAACAUCUGGACAGAAUUCAGGAUAUUUAAUGCGGAAAUCAUUAUAGUUUGGCUUUGAAUUAACAAGGGGUAGUAUAUGAAUGGGGGAAUGGUUUACAACCUAUGACAUUUGAAUAAGCAUUAAAAAUUAAAGAAGUUCGGAUGCCUAAUGAAUAUUCAAAUAUUCGUAAAAUUCAUGUAUCUUAAAGUCAAGCUGCAUGUGUUGAUCAGCUUGGUAGAUUAUAUUAAUGGAAUUCUAAACUUCCAAAACCUUAAUUGAUAAAGAGUGGAUUUAGAUGUGAGGAAUUUUUAUGUGGAGAUGGCAUUGUAUUAUUUAUUGGAAAUGAGCAAGCUUAUUAAGUGUCUGAGCAUUUUAAAUAAUAAGUUAAAGAGAAGGUUAAGAAAUAUAAAGAUUAUGUGGAAUUGAAAAACAAUAAAGUAAGAAAUGUAUUUUAUGAUGAAAAUAAGAGAACUAAAUGUCUUUAAGAGUUAAAUUAGAAAGUAUUAGAAUAGUAGAUUAAACCAAUAUAACCUGAAGAUUUCUUAUAUUCUCGUUUGCAAAGGAAACAAUCCUUAUAUGUGAUGUAAUUAAAAAGAAGAAGCACAAUGAUGAUUUCUGAAUUACAAACAUUAGGUUUCUAAUCAGAACACAAACCUCGAUUUAGUACAAUUAAAUUUGAAUUGAUAAAAGAAUAGAUGAAAUCAGGGAAAUUACAGCUACUGAAAACAGAGAGAGAUGUGAAGGAUAAUAAGAACUUUCAAGGAUCUUGGGAAUAGUUUAAAUUACUUUCAAAAAAUGUGAAUCGAACAAGUUAAAUAAAGAAUAGAAUUCCAUUACACAUUCUUAAUACAAAAUUAUAGUAAGCCAUAGAAAUUGACAAAGUUUCAGAUUUGAUUUUAGAAUCUGAGAGAUUAAAUCCUCUAUACAUUCCUUUAGACAACAUGGCUAAAGUCAUUAAAUCAUAACCAUUAACUCAAAGGGAAUCUCUUCAUUUAUAAGAAUCUCAACAGAAAGAGUUCAUCGAUGAUCCAGAUAUUAUGAAAUACGAGUAUGUGAAGCGUAUCUACAAUGGGUAUCAUGAAAAGUUACUCAUGGAUAAUCUCAUGACGAAAGAUUAAUGUUUCCUACCCAUAAAAUGGAAAAGACUUAAAGAUGAUACAAAACUAUUUCAAGGACGCUAUAAUCGUAUGCAACAGCGACUUUAAAAAGAAUAGAGAGAAGCUAAAAAAUUAACCAAGAUUACAGAUUUGUAACAUUUAUGA